AUGACUGGCAGGGAGGUGGACAACCGGCUCCAGGUGCUGCAGAUCUACCGCUUGUUGCAGUACAUCCAUGAAAACGAUGAGGCGCAGAUUGAGGAGAUGGUCCACCUCGGGGUGGCAAAUCUCAUUAAUCUCACAGAGCCGCAGAAUGGAACGGGCGCACUUCACAUGGCAGUUGCAGCCAACAAUCAGGACCUGACCAGGUUUCUUCUGUCCUUGAGAGCGCACCCUGACAUCCAGAAUAAGAGGGGCCACACGCCGGUCAUGUUAGCAACUGAACUGGGUAAUGACGGCAUUGUGAAAAUGUUGGCAGACCACGACGCUGAUAUGAGCAUCCAAGACAAUGAGGGCAAAGGGGUCCUGUUCUACUGCAUCUACCCGACAAAGCGCCACACACGUUGCCUGCAGGCGGUGCUCGAGUACCAGGCAGACGUGAACAACGUGUCAUCGCAGGGGACUCACGUCUUCCAAUUGAUGUGUCAGCAUGCCAAAGACUGCGCUCCCAUGUGUCACAUGAUGCUGGCUAAAGGGGCCGACCCAAAUGCAACAGAUGAGAAAACUGGUGUGACAGCGUUGAUGGAGGCUGCCAAGGCUGGAUCCCUGGAGCUUGUCCGAGACAUUUUAAAAAGAGGGGGAAACCCCAAUGCCCUGGACCAGAAACGCAUGUCAGCUGUGCACUACGCUGCCACGGGGGGCUUCUUUGAGGUGAUUGUGCUGCUGUCUGCAUUCUCAGCAGACAUGAGUGUGAUUAAUGUGGACGAGUGCACGGCCCUCCACUUUGCCGCGACGACAGGCGACAUCAACUGCUGCAAGUUCCUGGCUCAGAGAGGUUGCAAUGCCAAAGUGAAGAACUGCGAAGGUUUCCUACCGCGUCAGAUUGCCAAAGAUGCUGGUCACAAAGCGGCUGUCAAGGAGCUGAGGAAAGCCGAGCAACAGAGGGGCAAAGAGAACACUGAUGAGAGUGUCUUGACAGACGUGUGGGCUCUGACCCUCCACGACUGGUCUAACGAAUACGAGCGUGAUCUGCUGCAAGCCUUUGAUCGCGAAAAGGUUCCCUCUGAAAAAUUUGCCUCCGUUUUGACAACAUUAGGUGCUCCGGUCACCCAAGAGCAGCUCGAGUUAGUCAUCUCAUUCCAUGUGAUUGGAAGAGACCCUACUAUAAACGUUAAUGACUUCAUCAAAGGUGCCAGCUACAUCAAGAAACCAUACCUUCUCCUCUCCUAUAUCCCCAAGAAGAAAAAAGGUGGGAAGGGAGGCAAGGGGAAGAAGAAACCCAAAUUUGUCCUCCCUAUGCCUAUUUGUACCCUCCCACCGGAGUUCAAGCCCAGACGAGAGGAUGGAGGCCCACCGGAAUACAUGAUGGAGACAAUAAAUACCGCAGACACCCGGCGACUGGACCAAGAUCUUCCACCAGAACAUCCUGUAGUUGAUGACACUGCAUGGUACACAGAGAAACCAGACAAGAUCUACCUCAAUAUCAACUACCUUGUGAAGAAUGGCGAUAUUGAGGCUCUGGGACUGGCUUUUAGUCAAAGGAUUCCUGUGGAUGUUCAAGAUCCGUUUUACAAGACCCCGCUGAUGGUGGCCUGCGCCAUCGGAAACUACGAGGUGACUAAAUACCUCCUCGACAAGAGUGCAGCAGUGGAUAUCUGUGACCAGUUCUGCUGGACGCCGCUUCACCAUGCUGCACAAGCUGGCAAAGUGGAAAUACUGGAACUUCUGCUGGAGGCUGGAGCCAACAUAGAUGCCCAGACCAUCACGGGGACCACACCCCUCAUGGUGGCCAUCCAGAGCACUCACAUCUCCUGUGUUGAGUUCUUCUUUACAGCCGGUGCCAAUGUCUUAAUGGAGAACAAGAAAGAACAAAACUGCCUUGACGUAGCCACUGCAUUUGGCGACGGUGCGAUAUAUCAGUUGGUCAAAGACAAGUUUGAAUCCAUGCCUAAACCAAAAAACAAAGGAAAGGGUAAAUGA